AUGAAUUCAUUUCCGAUCAGCGAACAAGAUAAGGACGAAUUCCUCAACUAUUUGGACCAACAUGGUAUUUUGGAUAAACUGACCGACGUACUAAUCAUGUUGCAUAGCGAACAAGAACCACCCAUAGAUCCCGUCGAAUACGUGAGGAGGAAUAUGUACGUGGACAACCCGGACAUUGAGGAAAUAAUCGACUUGAAAACCCAGAUCCAGAACGCCGGCGUUGAGCUGGCUGAGCUUCAGAGGACCAGGGACGAACUCAGAGCUCAGCUGGAACAAUAUCAACACGAAUCGCAACAGGACGAGGAUUACGAGGGAGAACUGGGCAGAGUGUCAGACAACGGAGACUACGUUGAUACCGCCGCAUAUUAAAAACCCUCGGGCAUCUGGUCACCGGUUCGCUGUCACAUAAUAUAUUAAAUACAUAGUAACUUACUAAUGAUAAUUAUGUGGUCGUAUGAUUUGUAUUUAUUUUUUUUUUAUCACAACUGCGAGUCUGCGACGAACCUGCAAUCAAUGCAAUCGGAUGUCUAACCAUCGACGGUUAUAACUUAUAACGAAUAUAAUAUCCGCCAACAGAGCCAAUGCCUGAAUCGAUCAGUAAUGUACUAAUGUACUCCAUACCUCUAUGUAUGAUUCGUUUUUCUGUAAUUUCCUUAUAGUCUUUCACUUCCCAAAUGUACCAUCAACAGUUCCAAUUUGCUACCAUAAACCACUUCUGAAGUUGAACAUCAAAG